AUGGCAGUAGCGAGCGUUGGCAGGAAGCUGUGGAAGAGCUCGUGGUUUGAUUGUGUUUGCUCUCAGGCUCCUCCAGGAAAGGUGGAAGAAGUGGUGAAGGUUGCUAUUGAUGCAGGCUACCGCCACUUUGACUGUGCCUAUCUCUAUGAGAAUGAAAAUGAAAUAGGGAAUGCAGUCCAGCAGAAGAUCAAGGAGGGGGCUCUGAAACGGGAAGACCUCUUCAUUGUCACUAAGUUGUGGAACACGUUUCAUGAGAGGUCGUUGGUCAAGGUAGCAUGCAAGAAGAGCCUCGCUGCACUGAAACUGGACUAUCUUGACCUCUACCUGAUACAUAGCCCUAUGGGAUUCAAGGCUGGUGAAGAACUGCAACCUGUGGAUGACAAGGGCAUGAGUAUUCCCAGUGAUACAGAUUUUCUGGACACAUGGGAGGCCAUGGAGGAUCUGGUGGACUGUGGUCUGGUAAAAGCCAUUGGUAUCUCCAACUUUAACCAUGAGCAGAUUGAAAGAAUCUUGAAUAAGCCAGGACUGAAAUACAAGCCGGUAAAUAACCAGAUUGAAUGUCAUCCAUACUUAACCCAGGAAAAGUUGAUCAAGUACUGUAAAUCCAAAGGGAUUGCUGUGACUGCGUACAGCCCCCUUGGCGCUCCUAACCGUCCAUGGGCCAAGCCAGGGGAACCUGUGCUGCUGGAUGAUCCCAAGAUUAAAGAGAUUGCCGUUAGACAUCAUAAAACUCCUGCCCAGAUUCUGAUCCGGUUUCUUAUCCAGAGAGACGUGAUUGUCAUUCCCAAGUCUGACAAACCACAGCGUGUUGAGGAAAACAUCAAGGUGUUUGACUUUGAGCUGUCUAAAAAGGAGAUGGACGUCAUCCUCAGCUUUAACAGGAACUGGAGGGCAGUUACAGUGCUCCAAGCUGUCAAUCACAAGGACUACCCAUUCAAAGCAGAAUAUUAA